GACUUUUCCGGGAAAAGGAAAGAAAAGAAAAACGGUGUGCCUUUCAUGGCGAUUGUCGACAUCGACAGCGGCUCCCACCAGCCUCUGCUGCGAGAAUCUGCAGCGGGCGGCGACCGCAACGGCAGGGAUCAUGAUAACAAGGAGAAGACGAGCUUAAGCAUGAGGGUGUGGGCUGAGACGAAGAAGCUGUGGCACAUCGCCGGCCCUGCCAUCUUUAGCCGCAUGGCCUCAUACAGCAUGAACAUCGUCACGCAGGCGUUUGCGGGACACCUUGGGGAGGUUGAGCUCGCCGCCAUGUCCAUCGCCAACACCGUCAUCAUCGUCGGCUUCAAUUUCGGCCUCUUGUUGGGUAUGGCGAGCGCGCUAGAGACGCUCUGCGGUCAAGCCUUCGGCGCGAAGAGAUACCACAUGCUCGGCAUCUACUUGCAAAGGUCGUGGAUCGUGCUCUUCCUGUGUUGCUUCUUGCUGCUCCCCUUCUACGUGUUUGCCACGCCGCUUCUGAAGCUCCUGGGGCAGCCGAACGACGUGGUGGAGAUGUCGGGCGCAGUGGCGCUGUGGCUCAUCCCGUUGCACUUCAGCUUCGCCUUCCAAUUCCCCUUGACGAAGUUCUUGCAGAGCCAGCUCAAGACCCAGGUCUUGGCAUGGGUCUCGCUGGCCGGCCUGGGGAUCAACGUGCUCACGAGCUGCCUCUGCGUCUAUGUGUUCGACCUCGGCGUCGUGGGGCUGUCUGUCGCCUUGGAUCUCUCCUGGUGGUUCUUGGUGCUCGCGUUGUUCACUUACGCCGCGUGUGGCAGAUGCCCGCUGACGUGGCCCGGCUUCUCCAUGGAGGCUUUCUCGGGGUUAUGGGAGUUCGUCAAGCUGUCCGCUGCUUCUGGAGUUAUGCUUUGUUUGGAGAAUUGGUACUACAGGAUAUUAGUACUUAUGACUGGAUAUCUACAAAAUGCCACGAUUGCUGUGGAUGCCUUGUCCAUCUGCAUGAGCGUCAACGGUUGGGAGAUGAUGAUCCCUCUCGCCUUCUUUGCCGCAACCGGAGUGAGGGUGGCGAAUGAGCUUGGAGCUGGGAGUGGCAAGGCCGCGAAAUUUGCGACCGCUGUUUCCGUGGUGCAAUCUACAAUAAUCGGUUGCUUCUUCUGUGCUCUCAUCAUGGUCUUGCAUGACAAAUUUGCGUACAUUUUCACUUCUUCCGCCAAUGUUCUUGAAGAAGUGGACACGCUCUCUUAUCUUCUAGGUGUCACCAUACUUCUCAACAGUGUUCAGCCCGUCCUAUCAGGAGUUGCUGUGGGAUCGGGAUGGCAAGCGUAUGUAGCAUACAUCAAUUUGGGAUGCUACUAUGUUGUGGGUCUACCUCUUGGGUUCCUCAUGGGAUGGGUUUUCCACUUAGGUGUUAUUGGUAUUUGGGGUGGGAUGAUUUUCGGAGGCACUGCUAUUCAAACUGUGAUAUUGGCCAUCGUAACAAUUCGAUGUGAUUGGGAGAAAGAGGCGGAGAAAGCUAAAGUGCGGGUUGCCAAAUGGUCAACUCCAACCCUUGACGAUUGAUGAAUCAGCGGCCAGCUAAAACUAAUUAUUUGAAGCUAGCUAUCAAAUCGACUGGUGUUACGAA